CAAACAUAUGCGUGCCUGUUUAAGAAGUUUAAAAUUUCUUUCGUGGAUAAGUAUCCGGGCAUUUAUCGAAUUUGACUUAAAUAAGGAAUUGAUACUACAGUCGUAUAAGUAACGAAACGUCUCUCAUUAAAUAACAGAAAUUCUUUUUUGAUGGAAAUGAUAAAAAGCAAGUACAUUAUUACUCAACGGAAUGUGCCAAACAAGUUGAGAAUUAUCAAAAACGCAGUUCUACUCUCUGUUAGCUUUGUAUUUCUCUUUACUGCGUAUAAUGGCAUCAGCGUGCUUCAGAGUACCAUGAAUCAAGAAGAACUCAUUGGAAUCACCUCACAAGCUAUUAUUUAUGCUUGUUCUUGCAUAUCGUGUCUUUCGUUGCCAAAAUAUUUUAUUAGAAAAUGUGGAAUUAAAUUCAUAAUAUUAAUAUGCAUGUUUAUGUACAUGGCAUACAUUGCAGCAAACUUCUAUCCUUACUGGAUCACAAUGAUCCCUUCAGCUGUAUUAGUAGGACUGAGUGGAGGCUUGCUUUGGUCUUCUUUCAGCACGUAUUUUAAUAAGUCUUCCUAUUUAUACAGUUUGUGUUUUUAUGACACUGUACCAAAAUUUACUGGGGAAACCUUCAUCAGUACUUUUGAUAAUCUAAACCAGAUAGCUACCAUAUCAGAAAGCAUUAACUGUUCGAAAUAUGCUAAUCUUGAUGAAAUUAGUGAAUAUAAUUCAGGUACCGCAAAUGAUCUUGGAAUAGAGCAACUGGGUGAUAAUCAGAAAUCAAAAGUAUUUGCUACAAAAGAAUCUAUGAAUUGUAAAUGCCCUUUGGUAAAAGCUUUAUCAAGCAAUACAGAAAGUAUUCAGUCUGAUAUAUCUAGCGCCAGAUGUAACCUACCGAAACUUCUUGAUGUUUCAGACCUCCCGGCUGACAAAAGACUGACAUCUCGUCAGAAAUUACCAUCCGAAAACGAAGCCUAUAAUCACGGUGAUAAUAGAACUGAAAACAUAACAAAAACCAACGUUUUGGAAUCAAUAACUUCUCGGUUUUUCGGUUUUCAUGGACUAUCAUAUCAGUCAACACAUAUUUGGGGCAAUCUCGUAUCAUACUACGUAUUGAAACCGAGAACAGAUAUUAGGAAUGCCACCUCCAGUCCAAUCUUCAUGUGCGGUGCUUUUGUUUGCAACCUCGAAUCAGAUUCAAUGAUUAAAAAUCUUGUAGAACCAAAUAGCGAAACGAGGUAUGUCAUUACUGGCAUAUAUGUGGUUCUUGUGUUUACUGCUAUCUUUAUUGUGCUGCUGUUUGUAGAUCGUCUCGAAACCAGUAAGGAAUCCGAACCAUUCUCAUUGUCAAUGCUCAUGGCAACAUGUAGAUUUCUAAAAACUAAAGAACAUUUUUUCCUGAUACCCAUAGUUUUUUACAUAGGAAUAGAACAAGCGUUUUACAUUGCGGAUUACACAAAGUCAUAUAUUAGUUGCGCUACUGGGGCCCACAACAUUGGGCUGGUGACAGUUUGUUAUGGAUGUGCAUCUACUUUUUCUUCAUCACUUUCUGGCUGGCUUGUGAAGCAUGCUGGGAGGAUACCCGUCAUACUCAUGGCAGCUAUUGUCAAUUUUGCAGCAAACAUUCUUCUUCUUCUAUGGCAUCCCAGCGCAUUACAUCCUGAAAUCUUCUUUAUUGUAGCUGCAAUGUGGGGAACUAUGACUGGGAUUUUGUGGUCUCAAAUGCAUGCCUUUUAUGGAAUUCUCUUUAAGAAAGAAGAAGAAGCAGCAUUUGCAAGUUUUCUCCUCUGCGUUUCACUUGGCUACUCUUUAUUUUUCUUUUUCAGUAAUUAUGUAUGCAUUUCUUUCAAAAUUUACAUCUUGCUGUCAGUGUCUUCACUGGGAGUUCUGGGCUAUCUGAAAGCAGAAUCCAUGUAUUCACAGAAGAAGGAAGAAUUAGAAGAUUGAAUGCUAUCUCAUAAAUAUUUUUUUAGAAUAUCAUAAAGAAUUCAUUUUGAAUAAGACUAAAGUGGUAGUAAACUUUUGCUUGUUCAAAACUUGAAAAUAAAGCAUUAUUUAUGUGACAUUUUCUACCUUAAAGUAUUAAUAUAAAAAUUAUGGAGGUUAGAAAAUAAAGAGAACUAGAAUAUAAAUUUUUGCCCAAAUAUGAAACAUGAGACUAGAAUAUCAUAAAACUAAAAUUUUACUUGCCGUUAAUUCAAAAUUAAAAAAUUAGAAGAUUUUGAGAUAUAAGCCACAAGGUCACUCUUUUUCAGGAACAGAAGAUUAAUUUUCUGUUGUUAUUUGAAUUUCAGGUAAAUUUAUGACACUAUAAUUUAAGGCAAGAAAAACUAAUGUAACGCAUAAUGGUAGUGUUUUCUUAUUUUAAAAUAUUUUUUCUACAUUUUAUAAUGUUAACUAUUUUUAGACUACGGGAAUUGAGGUUAUAAUGGGGUUUUCAUAUUCAGAGUCUGAAUUUUAAAGCAAUAAAAAAUAAUCACAAAGAAAAAAGUAUCUAUAACAGGCGUUAAACACACGAUCUUGUCACCCACCUCACAUCGCCGUUUGGUAAAAUUACAAGUCCAUGGAACUUCCAUUAAACAGCCAUUUUAUUAAAAACA